UAUAAAAAAUUGUCAUAAAUAAUUAAACUGCAAAUACUGCACUGAAAUUGAAUGACCUAAUGAACAAGAGAGAAGACAAUGGACUCCUAAGACAAUUGGAGCUAAGUCUAGCAGAUUAACUUCCAGCUGCCAGCCCACGGAAACCCAAAAGCCCAUGUCAAUUCAACACCCAGCAGCUCGAACUGAUUCGGUUAGUUAAACCACAAGGAAGAAAGGAAGUAAACAGCAGAACAGCAAUUGGAGAAAGCAAAGAUGGAAGGCGGAAUUGAAGAAGGAGAAGCACAGCUGCCAGCAACCCGAACUCCGCAUAUAAAAAAACGAGUUCUAAAGAACAAAGCUUUGGCGGUAUCUUUCAACGAAAAAGAUCUCAGGGAUUUUGUAACUGGGUUUCACAAGAGGAAGAAGAAGAGGAGAAAAGAAGCCCAAAAACAGCAAGAAGAGGUCUUGCGGCGCAAGCGCAUCGAGGAGCGUAAAAAGAGGAAACUGGAAAGACAACUUGUUUUAUAUGGAGGAGCUCCACCACCAUCUGAUGAAAGCGAUGAGGACCACGGAGAUGAUCAAGAUAUCGAGACAAUCGCAUCAGUAAAUGGGACAGUGGAGUAUGUCAAUGAAGACGUGAAAGUGACUGUGACAACUAGUGAGAUCUCCCGAGAAGAUGAGGAUGGCCAAGGUGGAGUAAUGCAGAAAGCAGUGCCGCCAACUGUGACCGGAGUUGAAAAGAGGCACAAUUUAGCUGUAAGCAAAAAGAAGCCAUUCAAGAAAGUUUCAAAGCACAAGGCGCGGUCGAAUACACAUAAUAAAAGGGACAGAAAGAAGGGAAAGAAAAAGAACAAGAAACGGUAGUUGUGUUCCCACCAAUAGGAUUGGAUUGAAGUUGCUUUUGUACUGGGAGGAAUAGAGAACAUAACUAGCUAGAUUGCUUAUACAUCAUGCUAGGGCAUGGGAGAUAUUGAGAUUCUUUCAUAGUUUGGCAGUAAAGCUUAGUUGAUGGAAUACUUAUUCUUUUCCAACAAUAUAAUCACUACCAAACAAUUUGCUGAA